UAUGGAAAUAAAAUCAUUUGACUUCACUGUAAAAUUAUAACUACAGUUUCCACUGAUACUUAAAUUUCCAAAUCAACUUCUUCACUGUUUAUGUACUAUACUUGAACCGAUGUUUUUGAAGUGGAGAAAUCAAACAUAGUCUUUGCUCGUUGCCAGACAUGCGACUUGACGUGAGGCAGAGUAGUGAGUGUUGUUUAGUGAAUGAGCGAAUACUACAGUGAAGUAGUGAAAGUAAGUUCGAGGAUGAAUGACAGUCGUGUACAGAUAUUGAAGAUAUUUCCAGUAUUUACUGUCCUGUUUUCAUUAUGGGUUCUGUAUGUGACGCUUAGAGUUCUUGAUGAAACUGGACAAAGUAUUUUGGUUUUCGCAUUGUUGCUAUUGCAAGUCUAUUUAAACUGGUUGGCACUGCUACUUGGAAACCGCAACUGCACAGCUUCAAGAAGUCAAGAUAAAAGCUACUUCAGUUGGGAACUACUGAGUGAUGCUUCCGAUGAUUACGACUUCAGUAACUCAUCACCUCCGUGGAAUAGUAACAGCGAAAAGAAUGUUGAGGAAAACAAGUUUUAUGAUUACGAUUUUGUUUCGAACACAGACAUUGCAAUGCAAAGAAUUUGGUAUUGCCCUCGCUGCUGUCAGAAUUCUUUCAUAAAAUGUUCCCAUUGCUCAGUGUGUAAGAAAUGCAUUAUUGAGCGGGAUCAUCAUUGUUUUUUCUUGGGAACGUGUAUUAGCAUGAAAAAUAUCACAUACUUCAUUAUUCUGUUAAUUUACACUGGUCUAACAUCUUCUUAUGUCACUCUGUUGUUGUGCAACAAAAUGAAUUUGCUUGACUCCUCUACUACAGUGUUAAUGGAGCACUUCUUUCCAGUAUCAUUUGCGAAAUGGCUAUCGGGCGAAGAAUAUAUAAAUAACCUAAUAGAAAAAUUGCUGUUGAAUGUGUGCGUGUCGUUGGCUCUAUUUAGUUUGGCAUUUGCCGCCUACUAUUUGUGCAAAGCAGCAAGAAGUAAAACUUUACAAAAGCCACAUAAGCAACGGGACAAUAUUUCCUUCCUGAAAUUUGCAAGAAACAAUGCAUCGCAUUUUAGAAAGCAUAAUUUCGUUAAUUUAAUAUUCCCAAUGAUUCUAAUGAGGUAUUUGCCUUUCAACGUAGCGUCCAACACCCACAAAGAAAAUUAAGUUUCGGACCACGACUAAAGUGAUAAAGUACUUCUGCAAACAUUGCAUAAACUUCAAGCAAGAUUUAGGAUCUGAUCUUCAUAACUCGAUUUGAGUACAUCCAGUAAAAUAACACGCAAUUUAACUGUCAAAUUCAUAAUCUUGAAAUUCAGACCUCUGUGCAAAUGUUUCCUAGAUUUAUACUUUAUGUGUGUAAUAUAUUCUGUGAUACUGUAAAUAUACUGUUGUGUGAAAAUCACUUAAGAUGUGUUGUAACAUAAAAUGUUACUAAUCUUCAGCAGUUUUAUUGUAGAUCCCAAAUGGUAAUUUGAUAUAUGGAAAUUUUCCUGGAAAAGCAAGCAGUUGAGUUUGAAAAUCAUGUUUCAAGGGGAAAUUAAUGAAUUUUGCUUCUAAGUGCACUUUUAAAUUGAUCAUAAAGAAUAAAAUAAACUAACACACCAGUCUUUAACAGAAUGGUGAGUAGUUCAUAUGUAACUUUUUUGAUUCUCAACCCAUUGCUUAAAAAUGUUCUUUAUAAUCUAGAACUUCAUUAUGUGUGUUUUACUAAGUAUUCUGGGAAACUUUUCACAUAAAUUUGUU